GCGAUAUGAAGAGAAUUGUACGAUUUUUAAAUGACAUCGGUUUAACGGUUUGAGUUGCUCCAAUUUUUGGGUUUCACCAUGGUAUUAUGCAGUGAAUGUGACGAGUGGUCAACCUCAAAUGUAUUGAUGUUUAUACUCUACUUUUAAUGAGAACAUAAUACGAAAUUCCAUGUAUUUGCCACCAAGUCAUAUACCACAAGGCUAAUUCAAAAAAGAAACAACUCCCUGACCCCCCCCCCGUCACUUUUGUGACGCCAUAUGAAUCUCAAGAAUACAUCAAUAUUUAAAACUACCUUCUUUAUUACGUCGGCGCCUUUGCUCCCCUUAUAUAUAUAUAUAUAUAUAUAUAUAUAUAUAUAUAUAUAUAUAUAUAUAUAUAUAUAUAUAUAUAUAUAUAUAUAUAUAUAUAUAUAUAUAUAAUUUCGUUUACCUCAAAAUUCCGCAACAGUCUGUUUCAUCAGUAAAGAAUCAUCAGGCGGUAUGACAAGUUUCGAAAAAUAGGGCUGCUUAUAUGUGUUUUGGCCAGAACGUGGGGGUGUGUGGGUGAAACAAAGCAUGCAUUCAUCUAUUGUUUGCGUUGUUUACGCAGAAAUACCUAAUCGAAUUGUGGGAGUGUAUUGUUUGCGUUGUUUACGCGAAAUUUCUUCCUAUGUCUGCACGUAGAUAUAAUUUCCAUUCUUUUAUUGAGUAAACGGUUUUGGUUUUCUUUCAAAAUACAAAAUUUUUCCUCUAAACAUAAAUUACAUCGUUUUGAUCCUCCCGUAUACGAAAUAGCGCCUUUCAAAAUUUGCGAAUUGAUAUUAAAAUCUUUCUUGCUAUCUUUCAAUGUCCAAAUAUAUUUCGAAAGUUCAGUUUUGUUUGAGUGCUCUUUAUGCUCGAAAAUAUAGUUAUGGUUAGCCAAACGCUCUUUAAAUGUAGUUGAUGUCAUGCCAAUAUAAUUCAUGAUCGUGUUAGGGUUGCUUGUUGUGACUGUUGCUUUGUAUACUAUGUCCUUAGUCAUGCAUUGUUUCUGAAGUGGGCAUAUUGCGUUUUUCGAACAACUGCAAUUGACAGUGCCCUUGCCCAGUGCCCUUGCCCUGUGUUGUCGACAAGGUUAAGAAAAUUACGCCCUAUAUAUUAGUGCUGACAUUCGUGCUAAAUGGUGGGUUGAACCAAAUGAUAAUAUUACGUUGCCUAUUUCUGCGUGCUUGCUGAGGUGCGUGUCGAGUGUAGUUAAGAUCAUGAUUAAAGUUGCUGUGGUCAAGUGCGUUUUGGUAUGCAGGUGCAGAUUCCAUAAAUGCUUGCUAAUCUGAUGAAAGCAUUGCGAUGCGCUUGUUAUAACUGAUGUAGGAAGCUGCCUUAUAAUGCUAUAUAGACACUAUAGACGAAAUUGACUUUGAAUUAAAAGACAUUUCGAACAAUUAGGAAUCGGCGACAGAAUUGAAAACUGAAAAAACGUGAAGCAUUUAUAUCUUUAAAAGUCCACAAAGAAAAUUUCGAGAACAAUCCAAAAUGUCGGCUAAUUAAUCCCGCUAAAAGCGAAUCAGGAAAAUUGAGCAAAAUUAUUUUAGAUGAAAUUAACUCCAAUUUGAGACAAUAACUGAAUUUGAACCAGUGGAGAAAUACAAAACAAGUAAUUGAAUGGUUUGGAAAUAUAAAAGACAAAGAAAGACAUAGUUUUAUUUCGUUUGAUAUCGUUGAUUUUUACCCAUCCAUUUCGGAAAAGCUUUUGGACCAAGCAUUAUCUUGGGCUUCUAAUUUAACUACCAUUUCGGAUAAUGAUAUUUUGAUCAUAAAACACGCCAGAAAAUCUCUGCUUUUCAACACCGGAAAACCAUGGACAAAAAAAGAUAGUGAAGGUUUGUUUGACGUUACCAUGGGCAGCCACGAUGGCGCCGAAAUAUGUGAAUUAGUUGGCCUUUUCAUCCUAAAUCACCUAAGUAAGAAGUUUGGCAAAGAAAGCAUCGGCCUAUAUAGAGACGACGGUUUGGCCCUUAUAAAAAGUAAAUCGGCACGUUUAGCAGACAAAAAAAGGAAAGAACUCCACAAAAUUUUCGAGCUGUUUGACCUAAAAAUCACCGCCGAAUCAAAUUUACGCAUAGUAAACUUUUUAGAUGUAACUUUCAAUCUUAACAACGGAAAAUAUAGGCCCUAUAGAAAGCCCAAUGACGAUCCGCUAUACAUAAAUAGGUACUCUAACCAUCCACCUAGCAUUAUAAGGCAGCUUCCUACAUCAGUUAACAAGCGCAUUGCAAUGCUUUCAUCAGAUGAGCAAACAUUUAUGGAAUCUGCACCUGCAUACCAAAACGCACUUGACCAUAGCAACUUUAACUACACUCAACACGCACCACAACAAGCACGCAGAAAUAGGCAACGUAAUAUCAUUUGGUUCAACCCACCAUUUAGCAUGAAUGUCAGCACUAAUAUAGGGCGUAAUUUUCUUAACCUUAUCGACAAGCACUUUCCUUCGCACCACAAGCUGCAUAAGAUCUUUAACAGAAAUACAGUAAAAGUAAGUUAUAGCUGCAUGAGCAAUGUUAAGUCUAUAAUCACUAAGCACAAUGCACAUAUAGCUAGGAAGAACAAGGCACAGGGCAAGGGCACUGUCAAUUGCAGUUGUUCGAAAAACGCAACAUGCCCACUUCAGAAACAAUGCAUGACUAAGGACAUAGUAUACAAAGCAACAGUCACAACAAGCAACCCUAACACGAUCAUGAAUUAUAUUGGCAUGACAUCAACUACAUUUAAAGAGCGUUUGGCUAACCAUAACUAUACUUUCGAGCAUAAAGAGCACUCAAACAAAACUGAACUUUCGAAAUAUAUUUGGACAUUGAAAGAUAGCAAGAAAGAUUUUAAUAUCAAUUGGCAAAUUUUGAAACGCGCUAUUUCGUAUACGGGAGGAGCAAAACGAUGUAAUUUAUGUUUAGAGGAAAAAUUUUGUAUUUUGAAAGAAAACCAAAACCGUUUACUCAAUAAAAGAAUGGAAAUUAUAUCUACGUGCAGACAUAGGAAGAAAUUUCGCGUAAACAACGCAAACAAUACACUCCCCCAAUUCGAUUAGGCAUUUCCGCGUAAACAACGCAAACAAUAGAUGAAUGCAUGCUUUGUUUCACCCACACACCCCCACGUUCCGGCCAAAACACAUAUAAGCAGCCCUAUUUUUCGAAACUUGUCAUACCGCCGGAUGAUUCUUUACUGAUGAAACAGACUGUUGCGGAAUUUUGAGGUAAGCGAAAUUCUAUAUAUAUAUAUAUAUAUAUAUAUAUAUAUGUAUAUAUAUAUAUGUAUAUAUAUAUAUGUAUAUAUAUACGUCUUGGCAUAGAUUAAGAAAUGUAGCUACUGCAGCUAUAUAUUAAUUUGUUGUUAUACUUUCUACGUUUAGCUGUGGAAAGUCAUAAAUCUUGGUGUGAUGUUGCAUAAAUUUCUUGGGAUUCUGAAUUUCAUAGUUUUCUUGCAAGACGCUAGGUUUGUGACACCAAAAUGAUAGAAUUGUUUUAUCAAUCAUGAACUGUUUCCCCUAGAGGUCCCCUGGUCAUCGCUUAAUUUUUGCAGUAAUAAUAAGUAAUACCAUGCAAUAAUAAGAAAGUUUCUGAUUGAUAGGAUGCAACUACCUGAAAAAUACAAGGAGAACUUCAACGUCUCGAGCGAAGGCCCUUCGCCGGGACUCCCGAAGUUCUUUCGCCGGGACUCCCGAAGUUCCUUCGCCGGGACUCCCGAAGUUCCUUCGCCAGGACUCCCGAAGUUCCUUCGUCGGAACUCCCGAAGUUAUUUCGCCGGGACUCCCGAAGUUCCUUCGCCGGGACUCCCGAAGUUCCUUCGCCGGGACUCCAGAAGUUCCUUCACCGGGACUCCCGAAUUUCCUUCGCCGGGACUCCCGAAGUUACUUCGUCGGGAAGAACUUCCCAACGAAGUGCCUUCGCUCAAAACAUCGAAGUUCUCGUUGUAUUUUUCAUGUAGUUGCACCCCUAACAUUCCGAAACUUUCACAUUAUAUGAGCCAACAUCCCAAUUAUGCGACUGACGUAUAAUAUUAGAUUUCUUCUUUUUAGGCAUAAGUCAUUGUUAGAAAGAGCGUUGGGUAUUUAUACAGUCUUUUGUAAGAAACAAGCGCCCAGAGUGGUAAGAAACAUACUGCAGUAGCUUUGAAAACGCCUUAGGCUUAGUUGAUUUUCAAUCAUCACGAAUUUGGUCCAAUUUCUUAUCUUUCUACGUGUGGUAUUGUUUAUAGGUUUAUUUUGAGUACAUGAAUCGGGAUAUUCUACGAAGUGGAUUGGCUGUAAGUUAAUAGAGUGUAAAGUGGAUAAUCUUGAACUGUCGUUGCCAGUGUACAGUAGGUAGUGCCAAUCAAAUGAACAAGCUAUCGUUGGUAGGGAUGAAACUAGUGAGGCGGCUACUGUAAAAAUUGUGCACUUAGUGAUACAAGCACUAAAAUUGGAAAUUUAGAACAUAUUAAUGGGCUAAAUAAUUCUAGAUAUGGAACCACACUUGAAAAUGCAUAUUGAAGUAAUUAUGAGAGGUCAUCCAAAAUGGCUGCCAGCCAAACCGGAAGUACUCUGAAAUUCAUCUUUAUACACAAAAAUAUAGAUUCGUACUCUUUGAUUCAUGAAAAAUAUUUGUAUUUAUCACAUUUAUGUCAUCAUAAACGCAUUUCAUUGGCUUACAGUUAUAAACAGCGAUAUAAUCUUCAUUUCAAAGAUGUAACCGGAAGUAGCAACCGGAAGUUAGUAAUUGUAUUAUAAAGCUUGUUUAAGUUAGUUCGUGUAACAUCCAUAAUACAUGGUAAAAUAAAGAGCCACACAAAUCAUAGAAAGGCGGGUUGUAACUAUUCGUUUCCGUUUAUUGUUAGUCUUUUCUUCGUAAUGUUUGUAGUAUUACAUGUUUCCACGUCGCAUAAAUGAGUUCAACUAUCAGUACAAUAAUCGCCACAUCGACACAAACCAGUGCACUUUAAUGCUGCUGUUUUACAGGAACAAUUUCGAUUGCAUCCCUUCUUACAACCGCAUUUUAUAAGAUCCCUGCUACUUUUUGUGACAUCAGGAAGUGUUGUCCACUGCGGAUUCCAGGUAGUAUCUCCCGAAAGUAACCGUCCACAUUCCGACGGACAAGGCAACUGUGGACGGACAAUCAUUGCUUGCCCCCAGCAAUAACCAGCCUGAUAAACAGCCCGCUUGACGUGCUACAGCAGAGCUGCUUGGGUUGGUGGUAUAUUGUCAAAGGCUCUACCCUUUUGACUGAACAACUGUAAUCGGGCCUCGUUUACAAGCGUGGCAGUGCUGGUUCGAUCAUACACAUCUCCUCACUCUGGUGUACGUCUCCUCACUCUAGUGUACGGUCUCCUCACUCUGGUGCACGUCUCCUCACUCUGGUGUACGUCUCCUCACUCUGGUGUACGUCUCCUCACUCUGGUGUACGUCUCCUCACUCUGGUGUACGUCUCCUCACUCUGGUGUAUGGUCUCCUCACUCUGGUGUACGUCUCCUCACUCUGGUGUACGUCUCCUCACUCUGGUGCACGUCUCCUCACUCUGGUGCACGUCUCCUCACUCUGGCGCACGUCUCCUCACUCUGGUGCACGUCUCCUCACUCUGGUGCACGUCUCCUCACUCUGGUGCACGUCUCCUCACUCUGGUGUACGUCUCCUCACUCUGGUGCACUUUAACACUCGCAAAAGCAAAAAAAUCCAAAACAAAAUCCCGGUUUUUAACUGAUUCACUUCCGGUAAAAGAUGGCGACUGUCAGGAAACACCUGAUAACUUCUGUUUAGGCUAAAUUCAGACGUGGUUCCAUAUCCAUAUGAACUCUAGAGAUAAUAGCCUUUGUUUUCACAAAAUUUCAUUGUAUGACCAUUUGCGCAAUAAUUCUGCAUUUUUGCAUUUAUCCGCCUGACUAUAUAUAUACCUGAAAAUAUACAAGGAGAAUUUCGACGUUUCGAGCGAAGGCCCUUCUGGUUUCUUCUUGAGUUACUCCAGAGUACUGUAACUCCAGACGAAGAGCCUUCCGAAGGCUCGAAACGUCGAAAUUCUCCUUAUAUAUUUUCAGGUAGUUGCAUUCUUACCAACGAAAGCUUAUAAAGUAUUUACUCUUAUCGUGUAUCUGUAUUUACGAGUUUCUAUUUGUCUGUUCGUCAGUUGGUGUACUGGUGCAUGGCGUACAGUACGAAGUAGUUAGUGCAUAUGUUAUUCACCUCUGAGGUCGGUUGUUCAAACUAAGCUAGAUUGCCGCUAACCCUCGGUUAAAAUUUAACCUGAUGUUUUAUGUAUUUUUUUCUACUCGUCUGCUUAUCUCAAAACGUCAGGGAAGAAAAUUCCUACUGAUUUAGACCAGGUUUCUAAAGAAAUAUUUCCCAAUUUAUAAAUGUUGCGUUUUGAACAAUUCAACGUCAGAUUUUAUUGAUUUCUAACCCCUUUUCUUCAGUAUUUAGUCCUUGAUUUUGCUGAUACAUGGCCUUGAAUGUCCUUGAAAAGUUCUUGAAUUCGAAUCUUCUUCACAUGUACGAACCCUGCUACAACUACCUGAAAAAUACCUGUAUGAGCAGAACCUCUACGUUUCGAGAGAACGCCCUUCGGGAAGUUGAUAGUGACAUAGUGACCACGUUUAGUGGCCUUCGCCACUAGGUAGUCGUAUAUUCUUCAUACCACAGCUGUUUGUUAUCGUAUCUACCCACACUGGCACCGACCGAUUAUAAUGAUUAUAAUGAUUAUAAUUUCACCUCAGUCGACUUUACGUCUAUGAAACACCAUAAUAUGUUCUCAAGUCUCCUUUGGUUGAGCUGUCUGUCAGUUGUGGGUUUUGUCCAUGAUAUUUUCUAUACAGUACCUCUGUUCGUACCUCUGUUUCCAUACAGUACCUCAGAUUAGUAGUAUAUUUCAUUUCUUUUCAUUUAAAGGAAUUCUUAUUUUGCAUUCUGCCCAUGAUCAACAUUCCAAGAUUGCGCAACACCUUGUUACGGUUGAUGUGGAAGAAACCAGACGCAAUGGAGGAUGGGAAGGCUCUGUUAAUGUCUCACUGCGGUGUUUGUGGUGAAUUGCCGACCAAUGUUCACCAGACCAGAUGUGGCCACAUGUUCUGUUAUAUUUGCAUUAAGGUAUAUCACUACGAAUCGUAACAUUAUCCAAUUAACCUACAAUUCUAACCCAUGCCAAUCCUGAGCUAAUACCAGCAGGUUGUUUAAAGUUGAUCGUUGUCGGGACAAGACAAUUGGUUGUCUGCUCUAUACAAGGGGCGGCUCUAGUCUCAUUUGCAAGGAGGGGUGCAGGUUUUCCUUGGGAUGGUGCAUGACGGAGCCUUACUGCCCACUCUCCUCUGCAGUCUGCAACGCUACUAUCCCACAUUACCAUUAUUUAAGAUGGCCGAAUCUGCAUGUUCGCCAUUCAUUUACGUUUUACAUUAUAUUUUUUAUGAAGUUUAUAGCCGCUUUUUAUUAGGUACAGUAUGCGUGACUGGACAGUUGCUGUAGCACAUGUACAGUGCAGUAUAUUUGGAAAUAUGGCUGUAUAACACCCUCGACAUUAUUCAACUAUGAUAUUUAACUAAAACAUUGCUCACAAAUCAAUGAAAUCGUUUGAAUAAAUCAAUACGCGCUAAAAGUAGAAGUUCCGCUAAUCGCUAUUCGAAAAGCAGAAAAUGCAUGAUCAAACAGAUUCUUUGAGGUGAUGCUGGAUCUCGCUAGGAGGAGGGGUUCUUCUGUUCGGUCACCAUGUUGCUAGCCAGUGCGCAGUGCGCUAAGGAGAAGCCGUCAUCCCCUGAAAACAUUCACAACGGCUUGCGUGCCAGUGAGCUCUAUAUAUAUAUAUAUAUAUAUAUAAUAUAGUGAGCUCUAUAUAUAUAUAUAUAUAUGUAAGAACUUCAGUCAUUCGGUCAAUGAGAAAAGUGAAGCCGGCGGCCAUUGAUGUCCAAUAGCUCUGAAGGUCAUAAACAGUUUUUAUACCAUUUUCCCCCAGCUAAUUCCAGUUUUUUCUAAUGGACCGUAUCACUAAUCAAGUUUUCAGUUCAUAAAAUCACAAUAUUAUUCUUUACAUCGAAGUCAAAAUACGAAAUUUCAACACACUCCUUGCCAAGAUGGCGGAAAUUGAAGGAGCUCUUGGACGUCAGUUCCAGUCCCUUUCUAUUGUUUUUGUAUGCGCGGUUAACACGAAACUGGCUUCACUUUGAGCAACCAAGUUCCUUCUCCAGAUACAUAUGGAGCUCACUGUUGCGUGCUCAGAUCUUUAAAAGCAGAAAUAGGAAGAAGACGUUAUCGACUGGAACGGAACGGACAGAAAUACGAGGCGCUAUAUUGACAAACAAGUAAAUUACGGAAGAAAACAUUUAGUUAUUUUUCCGUAAUUAGGGCUCCAAUUUAUUUGUUUGUAAAUAUACCUCCUCAUAUUACUGUCUUCCGUUCCAGUUGAUUACGUCAUCCUCCUAUUUCUCCUUAUAAAGAUCUGAGAACGAUUGUAAAUAAUUAGUUAGGUUUGACAAUGACCCUGAAAUAGAGUCGAAAUAUCACCGCCGUAAUUUUUGUCUUGAGAUUCGGAGUAUGUUUUUUCUUAUAUUUAUUAUUUUUUAAAACUGCCUCAGUUGAUAAAAGAUUUUUGACUCUCCUAAACACUUCAGAUCUUUUCAGAAACUUUGCUCUCCUGAUUUAGUAACACAGACUAAUGUAAUUAGUAAUUAAAGCUGGUUUUGUUUAGUAGUUUAGUUCUCGUAUAAUCUUGGAUUACUUCGUUGACUAUUAAUUAGGCAAACGUCAUGGGUGAUCCAUCCUUUUUGUGUCCUGUUUGUGGCGAUUUGGUGUGUGACAGCGUGGAGCCAGCAACCGCCUGA